CAGGGCCGGGUAUCAUGGCGACGUACGUGGACAUCCUGAAGAGUGAGUUCCCGGAGAUCGACACGGAGGUCUUCGACUACAUCACAGGUGUGUUGGACAGCGGCGGAGCAGAUUUCGAGGAUGGGGACGAGGUUUACGACGCCAUUGGAGGAGUCCUGCAGGAGGUGUCUGCGGACAGCAAGAACGAGGACGACGUCAGAGACAUCUGCCUCCAGAUGUUCAACACUCUCAAACUGAACAGCCGUCAUGGCUCUCAGAGGCAGGUGCUGCUGGACGCUCCGGUUCAGAUCUCUCAGAUCUCUGCAGACAACCUUUGUGCGACAGAAGACGUUCAGGGGAUCUGGAUGAUGAAACGUGGUCAGAACACGACGGUGGACGCUAAGAAACUGGAGAAAGCUGAGGCCAAACUGAAGGCCAAACACGACCGCAGGAAUGAGAAGGACUCCCAAAAGCCCUCCACCCCGCUGUCA